UAUCUAAACAUCUCCAAAGCUUUUAUUGUGCAGUUUCACAGACCCAGAGUUCUGACAGUUUUUGGAAGAAGGAUGUCAAUGGGUAUGAUGCAUGAGAACUGUGACAUCACACUCUGCUCAGCCCUGGGCAGGAGAGGCUGCAGUGGGAGCAGGUACCAGGGUGGCGUGGGGAUGGCAGGUGUGCCCUGAAAACCCUUGCUUUAAGGUAAUUGUCUUUUGUCAUGUCAUGGGGGAGGAAGAAGAGGUUGUUCUGGUGGUGUUGGUGUUUUUUUGUCUGUUUUGGAAAUAGGAUGUUUUUUGAAUUACCAUUACGGUUUUCUAGCUUGCUGGCCAUUCAGACUUCCUGCUACGUGAAAAGCCAGCAUGGGGGGUGUCAAUGAUUGGGCUCUUUAAGGGAAAGUGGCAUUGGGGAGUAUUGGAGAAAGGUUUGUGGUGGCCUAGGCCACUGCCAUGGUGCUGCUGGAAUCCCACAGGGAUGUGCAGGUGCUCAGCUCAGGCAUUUUCUUGCUGCAGAUGAGAAGCUGUGAGCCGGCCUCAGAGUGUGACAAUGGAGCCUCCAGACAAUGUUCUGAGCUGCCUCAAGACUUUGCUUGAGGGUGUGAGCAGAGCUGUCAUUAAACAGAAACCAGAAGACAUUGCUGGGUUUUUAGCUUCUUAUUUCCAAGAGUUCAUUGACUUCCAAAAAGAGAAUCCAGAUUUGGUUUUAACAGAAGUGGUGGAAAAAUUUGAUCUUAAGCAGGAAACUUGGAAUGGGGAACUGGAAGAGAAGACAUCAAAUCAUAAUGAGGCUUUGCUUUUUACUGAGUCCCAGAGAAAGGAAUCGUGUACUGACAGAGAGGAAGAUGAUCAUCUUGAAGACCUCACUUCACGUAGCUCCAGAGUAACUCUGUGCCCAUCACCAACCAGUUCUGUUCCAGAAAGCAUGCACCCCACUGGACCUGACAGAGCUUUAUCCCCUGAAGGAUCUGAAGUUGAGUAUGUGCCUUCUGAACCUGCCCAGCUCCCUGCCCAGGUGGAAGAUAGUGGUUCUGUUUGUCUUGUGAGGGAUGUGGCAACCACUGUGCAGACUCUUCAGGAAGAUGUUUCUGCUGCCUCGGCAGCUGAGGCUUCUAGGUCACAACUAGGAGUGCAGCCUUGGUCUUCCAUGAGUGGAGAACUAGGACCCUCCAACACCCAGGUCCUUGUUUUAACAACUGAUACAAAUCAGGUUUCCUCAGUCCACCUACAGGAAGGACUCUCAUCUCUUCCACCACCACCACCUUCUAAAGAAGAGUUGCAGGCUGUGCCUUCCUGUAGUGCAGCUAAGGUUAUUUCAACCAUUGAUAAACUGAUAAUGGAUGCAGAGGUUCCUUCCUACACACAGCAGUUUCCAGAUAAAAUAAUCCUUUCCUUUAGUGGACAAGCUCUUUCUUCUGUAAAGCUGUCAUUAAACGCGGGCCAGGUCUCAUGGCUGAUCGCUAAUGAUGCAGUGUUCCAGCCUGAGCAGAUGGAAGGCAUAGCACCGAUGGAAGCAGCUGAGCAAGCUUGUUGCUUCAGAGUGGAAUGUUCCAUUAUGGAUGGCAUGCUGAAGAACUGACACAACAGCUCUCAAAAUCACUUAACAGCUGGGCAACUUUGAGGGUAAGACUUGAAAUGCUGGCCACAGUGAAGAGCUGAGUGCAGAAGCGAUGAGGUAUCCAAUUUUUGCCCUCACCAUAAGAACCAGGCAACGCGCAGCCAAAAAAAAGCAUUUCUCCUCAUCUGUGCAGAUGGCUCCAGUACCACUGCCCUACCUGGGUAAUUCUAGUUGCACACAGAAUAAAAACAGAAAGCAUCUCCCUGCCUUUGUAGCUGUUCCACUAGUCCACGUUCAAGGCUUGAGCAGUGGGCUCACUGCAUGCUCAGAAUGAAUGCUUUGCCCCAGCUCCUGGCGCCAGACUUCUCCUACUGAGAGGAAGAGAGGUCACCGAAGCACACUAUCCAGCAUCACUGCAGCAACUUUGGAGGCCGGCUCAGAAGGGGUCACCACUGUCAAACACCAUUCACUUUAGACUAGAUGCAAGAAGUUUUGAAGCCUUUAUUUAGUAGCAAUUAAAUUAUUCAAUUAACACUAACCUCCAGACAGCAGUUAAAAUAUUGUACAAGGAACAGCUCGCCCUCUAGAAGCUCUGUACACAGUUCAGUGUAAACUUACACUCUAAGAUUGAAUGCACCCCACUGAAAAGGGGUAAAGCAGCUGUGCACAGGAGGCCUCGCUGAAGUGCCUUCCUACCUCUGAGAUGCACAAGGCUUCCUUCCAGGCAGCCUGCACUGUGCAGACAGUCCCACCGGGUCCCAGACUGAUCCACUUCUUGCCUGUUUGCAGUGGUGCUGGGCACCAGAACUCAUAGUGCAUUGAACAGAUUCUUUUCAAACCUGUUACUAGUGUGCAGUUGAAAUCCAAUCCAUAGGUGUUUAAAUGGCUCUUAAUUCCUUAAACCAUAAGGCUUGUAGCAAAAAAAGGAGAGCAAAAUUCAAAACACACUGCACAAAAUAUUGAAUAAAUACCUCUGAGUAACGUCACCAGCUUAAACAACUGCAUGAAGGCUCCAGAGAUGGGCGUGCUUCUGGGAGCUCUGACCAGAGCUCAGGAUUGAAGGGAGUUACUUCAGUAAAAGAAAAGUUGCUUUAUGAAAAAUUGCCUCUGUACAAAAGUGACACACCCUUCUCUGCUUUAAGAACAGAAUAUUGCAAUGACUUUGUGUGCUUUUAGACAUUCCCAUGUCAUAAUAAAUAAAACCAGUUUUGCUUGUGCCAAUGUUAUCUACGAAAGAAGGUAUCCACAGAACAGCCAAGGUGUUCCGUUCCUCAUACACCACGACCUAAUAUAGGUGUAUUCAGCAAACCAGGCAGCUGUACAUCAUGGUGACUUGCUGACUUUGUCCACGUAGGACCCACUGCCAGCCAAAACAGUUCAUCCCCUACCUAAAGGACUGCAGUCACGUACCGCCAGAUUUACUGCGGAGAUGCGUAAUAUUCUGUUGGAUAACAUGUUAGUUCUUUCAGGAGGUAAGUAAAAUGAGGGAAAACAUUAAAACAGAUUAAGACUUAUUUGUAUCAGCCACAGGCUUCUUAUUGCAUUUUAA